AUGGACAAGAAUACGAGUGCAGCGACGACACUCGUAGACCCCCACCUUGGUCCAGAGGACGUCAGGCCAAAGAGUAUUAAUGAUAUUGAAAAAGGACAUCAAAAUGCAAACCAAAUUCCUCCUGCUGUCGCCGUUGUCGAUGAGGUAGACCGAAAGGGGCUGCCGACGGACAGCCAGGACGGACUAGAGUUUCCAGACGGUGGCUGGAGAGCUUGGAGUGUGUGCCUUGGAGGGGCUUGUGUCACCAUUUCGACAUUUGGCUAUGUCAACUCGUGGGGAGCAUUCCAAGCAUAUUACGAAGCCGUCAAGUUUCCUGAUCACUCACCCUCUACAAUAGCAUGGGUCGGCUCUAUUCAGUACUCGCUCAUCUUUGUUCCGGGCCUCGUUGUCGGCCGUCUAUUCGACAGAGGCUACUUUCGACUUCCCUUCAUGUCUGCAAACUUCGUCUUUCUCCUCGCCACUUUCAUGGUUGCCGAAUGCCGUACGUUUCCCCAGGUCCUUGUCUGCCAAGGUAUCCUCACUGGCAUCGCCUGCGGCACAAUGUUUUCCCCUCUUCUUGCUGUUCUCAGCCAUUGGUUCAAGCGCCGUAGACAACUCGCCUUUGGACUCAUUGCUGUCGGGAGUAGCAUUGGUGGCACCGUCAUUCCUCUCGUCGUCAAGGCGCUUCUGCCCUCUGUAGGAUUCAAAUGGACGAUGAGGAUACUCGGGUUCAUCCUUCUCGGUACCACUUCCAUUGCGAAUCUACUCCUCCGCCCGCGUCUUCCACCACGAAAACAUGUCCGAGGCCGUCUAAUUGACGUCUCGCAAUUCAAAAACCUAGCGUUUAGCGUCUACUCCGUCGCGAGUCUAAUCGCCUUUCUCGGUCUAUACACAAUGCUCACCUAUGUCGCAAGCUAUGCGACUGAACGACAAAUAAUCAAGCAGAGCAGCGCGUACAACCUAGUCGCUAUUGCAAAUGCCUCGUCUCUCAUCGGGCGUCUGCUAACAGGCGUGCUAGCCGACAAAAACGGACCACUGAAUGUCAUGACACCUCUGACUAUCGCGGCGGGAGUCCUCACCUAUGCCUGGCCACAAACGCGCACCUUGUCCUCGCUCAUUCCCAUUACCGUCCUCUAUGGCAUCUCGUCAGGUGCCUUUGUUGCACUCUUUGGCUCACCUGCCGUCUCCAUGGGCACGCACGAUUCGGUAGGUGAGCGUACAGGGAUGCUCUUUGUCGUCACUGCCAUUGGCGCACUCGCGGGUCCACCCAUCUCUGGCGCUAUACGGAACAGUUCGCAAAAUUGGACAGACGUCGGCGUGUAUGCUGGUACCAUGAUCCUCUUUGCAGUCAUCUUGAUGACAUGGACGCGAUAUCUUGUCUUGGGAAAAUUAUGGGGUGGCGUCAUCUAA